AGAGAGAGAGAGAGAGAGAGAGAGAGAGUGAUUGUGAAGGCUAUCACUGCCUGGGCGGUGUGUGGACCCUGCUCUCUCAGGCUGUGUGAGGAGAAGGAAGUUCCAGCACACUUAGAUUGUCAGAGAUUGAAACUAUGGAUCAGACUUUGACGCUCCCGGUGGUGGUGGCCGUUUCUGUGGUGGUGGUGACGGUGCUGUACUUCAUCCUGCGAGGCUCUGCAGGAGAGAAGAAGAAGAAGCAGCCCGUCACCCUGCAGGAUCCUAUGGUCAAAUAUCCCCUUCCCCUUACGCACAAAGAGGAAAUCAGCCAUGACACAAAGAAGUUUCGGUUUGGCCUUCCAUCUGGAGCUCAUAUCCUUGGACUGCCAGUAGGUCAGCAUGUGUACCUGUCAGCCAAGGUGAACGGCAGUCUGGUGGUGAGAGCCUACACACCAGUCUCCAGUGAUGAGGACCAGGGAUAUGUUGACCUGGUAGUCAAGGUGUACUACAAGAACAGCCAUCCCGCUUAUCCAGAGGGAGGGAAGAUGUCUCAGUACCUGGACAACAUGGCCAUUGGAGAUACCAUUGACUUCAGGGGGCCCAAUGGACUGCUGGUGUAUCAGGACAACGGCCGGUUCUCCAUCCGACCUGACAAGAAGGCAGAGCCAAAAGUUCGGAGGUUUAAGCAGGUUGGAAUGAUCGCCGGUGGAACAGGUAUCACUCCUAUGCUGCAGUUAAUCCGCAGAAUCACAGCAGACCCCGCUGACAACACCAAGUGCUCUCUCAUAUUCGCCAACCAGACUGAGAAAGAUAUCCUACUGAGGGAGGAGCUGGAGGAGGUGAAGAAGAACCACCCUGACAAAGUUAAAGUGUGGUACACACUGGACAGACCUCCGCAGGAUUGGAACUAUAGCUCAGGGUUCGUGACCUGUGACAUGAUCAAGGACCACCUCCCUGCUCCGUCCAACGACGUCCUCGUUGUCCUGUGUGGUCCUCCACCGAUGAUCCAGUACGCCUGUCUGCCAAAUCUGGACAAGCUGGGACACAAAACAGAAAACAUUUUUGCAUACUAGUGUUCCGAUUAACUACAGAACUGGUGUUUUCCCUGCAAUCAUUCAACCACUAAACCAACAAUUACUGUGUGAACGCUGCUGAUGAUCUACUGCUAUUUACAGAGUAUGCUUUACAGUGAAGCUUGUGUCAUUUUUGAUGUCAGUGACAGUUACAUUGAUAUGAACAUUUCUCUAAGCUCAGGUAUACCAUUAUAUUCUGUAUAUCAUUGUGUUAUUAUGUUUGUACAAGACAACAGCUGCUUUUAAAAUGAAUCUUUUUUAAGCCAAACUGUAAAUUUUCGUGAAAUAAAGACACAAAAUCAA